CCUGGUUGCUCGUUUACUGUAAUACGCGUAUGGAAAAAUAUUAAGAGAGAGAGAGAGAGAGAGGGAGAGAGAAACACACGCAUGAAAAAAGAUACUGAUUAUAUACGCGUGUUUACAUCGGUUUGGCAUACGUGAAUAUGAGUUAGGGAAUAUACCGGUGUGGUACGGGGUAAGACGGGGAGAAGAGUUGUGUAUUCUCGCACGUGUGGGAAAAGCUUUGCAUUGCUCCGGCAACUUGCACACUGUGCGUUGACCUACUGUAUAGUUGUGGAACACGUAUAUAUCUGUCUCUAUCUAUGUAAACUACUGGCAAUUUUUCAAUAAUCAUAUAUCGGAAUAUCGAUAGAAAUAAGAGGAAUCGUUCGUUGAAUGAUUUUGUGCCUAGAUUAUUUUAGAAAAGCAAAGAUAAAUCGUGACAAGCUAAUAUUCCAAAAGUAGAUAUUUUAUUCGGUAAAGAAGUUUCUUUGUUAGCCCUGAUCAUCGUACUGAGACUCAACGGGAAGACACAUUUAAACAAAAUUAAUUCCUUUUUUACGAAGGAAAAGUUAACCAUUUGAAACGGAUACUUAUUUCUUUAUAAAAUGCAUGCCACUUGUAAGUGCUUGAAUGUUUCGAUUAAAUCUAAGGGCAAUGAAUUAAAAAAACUUCCAAUCGAUGCUUUUGAGCUGACCGAUCAUAAAGUGGCCGACGCUUUCUUUCGAGAGGAACUUGCUACUAUUAAUGAUUUAGAGGUUAUCACCAAAGAACAUCAAGGUUUAGUUGAAGUAACAAAUGUUGGAACUUGGAUCAUUCAUCGAUGUCUUAACUGUUCAAUAUACACUCAUGCUCUACACAAGGAAUAUGGUGCUGCCUUAGUUCUCAUUAAUACUAAUAUGAUUACUUCACCGGAAGAAAUAGAACGAUUAAGAUCUCAUAUUGAUUACAGUGAUGUCUUUAGAAUAAUAAUUGAUCGAAGUAGUUUAGAUGAUCUUGAUUAUUUACAACCACCUAAUAAAUUUUCUGUGUCACAAUUAUUAAGUGCUACUCAAGUAGCAUUGGGUUGUCUUCAUCAACAACUCGAGGAGGCAGUACAAAGGCAAGCUGUAGAUAUUGAAGAAAAAAUACGUAAUUUUACUACAGAACAGUACCAAUUGUUAGAGCAGUUCCGUGAGAAGGCACAUAAUGAAUAUCGGCUACUGACAAGUUUAUUACUACAAGGUGAAGAAUUAAAAAGGCUAACUAAUAAUACAGAAACUCCACAAAAGACUUCUGAUAAUACUAAAGGGAAUAUAACAACUUCAAUAACUAGUGAAAAAAAUAUAAAAUCACAUAGAACAACGGAAGAUGUAGCACAUGUUAUUCAAACUAAUAUUAAAUAUGAACCAACUGUUAAGUCUUCUACUGUACCUAUUAAUAAUAAUAUAGAAAAAAGAACUAUCUAUGCAACAAAGCAAAGCAGUUUUGACACGGAAGCUUUGUUCCCACUUGAAGGAGUGGAAGAUACAUCAACUCUUGAUCAUCUUCGAUCUUCGGAUGAAGAAUCAGACACUGAUGAUUCUGGCCAAGACGAAGGUAUCCAUAUGCAUAGAGGUCAAAGAGGUGGACAUCCUACAUUAGCUAAAUCUUUGCCUGUUAGUGUACCAACUUUUUCUGCGUUUAUUCGAAAAACAAUUCCGGAUGAUGAUGAUGAUCAGAUGUCAAGGGAUCCUCUUGAUCCACAUAAUAUUCGAGCUUCUAUUAAAGCACUAGCUAAGAGUGUCCAUGGUGACACAGUAUUUGGAGAUUUACCACGUCCACGAUUUUCUACUCAGAUCUGAUUUGAAAAGAAUUAAGAAAAAAGAAAAAAAAGGAAAAAAAAGGAAAAAA